UCCGCGGUGCAACGCGUAUCUUCUUCCGGCGCCGCUCGCUAGAAAACAUCCUCUCUCGCCUCAACAACAUGUCGUUAAGGCCGGUCACAUUCGCGUCUAGCUAAAUUUGGAGAACUAAAUUUAUUAAUUAAAUAUGACGUGGAUUUUAAAUAAACUCCACAUCCGGUGCGUUUUGAUAUUCGCGUUGUAUCACUCUGACGUGUUGAAGUAUUCGGCUGUGACCGCGCAAGAGAGCGACGAUUCCCUGGAGCUCACGCUAUCGGAGGACGCGUUGUCCGAAAUGGAAAACAGCCCCAGAUUCGUGGAGUUGGAGGACCUGGACUCUCCGCCGAAGAGGCAGUUCAAGACGGCGGAGAUCGCGGAUGCCGUCAUGGGAACCGAAGCCCCCAUGGACCCCUCCGACAUCGAGUCCCUGUUCCCCAAAAAUGUGAAAGACUUCCAGUCGGGCUUCUCUCCGCCUUGCGAUGAGAACGGCGACCGGUGCGGAUCCCCCGACCCCGGAGCGUCGAUGGAGGACAUGAGCGAGGAACCGUCGCAGCAGAUCACUCUCGACAUGGUGCACGCCGACCUCCCGUCAGCGGAGGAGCAGAACGCCACGGAGACCGCCAAGACCUACAAGGUGACCUGCGACAGGAGGAACGUCACGGGAAUUGACAAUUUCGCCGUGCAGGUCCUGAACGCGUCGCAGGACCUGAUGGAGUACCUGAACGCCAACGGCACCGAGUGCUCCGUAGUGCUGUUCUUCACCUCCUGGUGCCAGUUCUCAGCCAGCCUGGCCCCUCAUUUCAACGCCCUGCCCCGAGUCUUUCCCAGCAUGCACUUCCUGGCACUGGAUGCCUCGCAGCACAGCAGCCUCUCCACGAGGUUCGGGACCGUGGCCGUGCCCAACAUCCUGCUGUUCCAGGGGGCCAAACCGAUGGCUCGCUUCAACCAAACCGACAGAACGCUGGAGACGCUCACCUCCUUCAUCGGCAACCAGACAGGGUUUGAGGUCGGCCCCGACAACAACGUGACCGACACGGACCGCCUCGGCCCCCUCCUCAGCGCCCCGGUGAGGAGCAUCGACUGGCUGCUGGUCUUCUCCAUCCUCUUCAUCGCGGGCUUCACCACGUACGCCAUCCUGCGGACGGACAGCAUCCGCUGGCUCAUCCCGGGACAGGAGCACGAGCAUCAGGACUGAGGCCUCGGUCGAGUCGCGCCGACGUGGACCAUUUAAUUUGUUAUGAAGAUAUAAAUAAAUGAACAGUGAGCUAAUUUGCUAACGUUUCGAGAUAUAUAUAUAUAUAUA